UAGUUUGAAACAUUGCAGCUUACGCCGCGAUCUCUGUUUGGCUGCUAGUCGCUAGUCGUUGAAUGCUAAGCAUGCAGAUACCCGCAACGAGCCACCUUGCUAAACGAGACAUUAUGAUCGAGUGUACAUCGAGGACAUCCAAAGCUCACGACAUAAGCCGACAAAGCACCACUCUUGUUUAUUGAAUCAAAUCGUUGAAUCCCCUGCCAAUCCCCAAGACAAAGACCAAUCACCUCCACACCGGCAAAAUCUCAACAUCCGGAAACUCCCCCGCCGCCACAUUCCUGGCCCUUAACUCCAACAACCACCCCCGAAUCUCCCUGCUCACCAGCUCCUGCGUCUCCUCAAACGACCACACUUCGUUGUUUCUGGAUACAAUCCGCUCGACCAACCACCCGGGCACCACCGGCUUAUCCCCCGUUUGGGAAUGCUGCUGCUGCUGCUGCUGCUGCUGCUGCUGCUGCUGCUGGCGGAGUCGGAGCUGCACCCGGAACCCCACAAUAUCCGGCAGCUGUUGCAGCCGCAGCAGCAUCUGCCCCACCCAGAAGCACUGCGUCAGUGCCCAGGUGUCGCGCUCCCGGUAGCGGGCGCGUUGGUAGUGCUUGCGGCAGUAGUAGCAGCACCAGAGCGCGGCGGGGAUCUGCUUGGUCGAGUGCUUGUUGCGCCCGAAGAUGUGCGAGAUUAGUUUGCGGUAGUGCUGCGGGUGCCCU